GGAACCCGCGCCGGUUACGAGACCGGCUGGAAGCAGUGGCAGAGUUUCAGAGCAGCCCAAGGAGAGUCGCCCUGGCUGGAGGGACGUGACCGCGAGGAGCGACACGCUAACGAGGAGGCACUGUUGGGCUUCGUCGUCGUGUUGGCUAAGGUGCUGAAGCGCACGGAGGGCACGGUCAAGCAGAAGUUGUUCGCGGUGCGCUUCGCCCGCCUCGCG